UGAGCAGAGCUCCAGUAGUGAGAAGAAGUUCAGUAGUGGGAGUUCGGGCUCCCGCGCGGCUCAUUCGCUCAGAUACGGGUCUCUUAACCGGGGCAGCUCGCUGGGUCUGUCCGCGGUUCCGAAAGCUUGCCUAGUGCUUCGGUUCUACAGUUAUACUCCGUCUUCUGAGGUAAACACAUCCUACUGACUGAGCGCGCUCUCCGUACCCUUUGUUAAACCGCCGCUGCUGUGUUGUUAGGGGCAACGCUUUAACGUUAGGAUAAAUACUGGUGGAGUAAACAGUCGGUAUACUGGAGUAUUAACUGCUGUGGUUCUGUCAUCUGGACUUCAGCAAACCUGUUUGCUCGGCGGCUGUGAUUUUCUAGACGUUGUGAGAGCCUUCACACCAUUCCCCUGAGAUGCUGAACCAAAGCAGAAUCAUCAAGAAGAACUUCCAGGCGCCAGAUUAAGAAGGCAAACUGUCCCUCUGUUUGCAUCUACCUCUGCAUUUUCUCCAAUUUUAAGAGUGGACCAGCAGCCCCCAGCCACCCUACAUAAACAGUACUAUGGCGUUUUUGAUGAAAAAGAAGAAGUUCAAGUUCCAGGUCCAUUUCACUCUGGAGGAGCUGACGGCCGUGCCGUUCAUAAAUGGGAUGCUCUUCUGCAAAAUCAGACUGUUGGAAGGUGGAGAUUUUGCCAUCGCUUCAUCCAGGCAAGAGGUGCAGGAGAACUGCGUUCGCUGGCGAAAGAAGUUCUCCUUUGUGUGUAAGAUGAGCGCCAAUCCUACAACAGGGGUCCUGGACCCCUGCAUUUGCAGAGUGUCUGUGAGAAAGGAGCUCAAGGGUGGAAAGGCUUUUUCAAAGCUGGGCUUUGCUGACCUCAACAUGGCGGAGUUUGCAGGUUCAGGCUCCACUGUGCGCUGUUGUAUACUGGAAGGCUACGACACCAAGAACACUCGGCAGGACAACUCCAUUCUAAAGGUUACCAUCGGUAUGACCCUCCUCUCCGGGGACCCUUGCUUUAAAACGCCCCUGAGCACAGCUAAAACCACAGCCUUCGCUGGCCAGGACCCGUCUCUGCAGCUGGACUGUAAAGGAGAGGGCACUGCCGACAAACCCACAGCACCAGCGGGCUUCAACCCAGGCAUCACCACCAGCCGCUCACUCAAAUCCAGAGCCCCCGCACCCUGCUCAGGUCUGCCAGAGGUGUUAGAUGAGAACCUCUCCAGCCCGGAUGAAGUGUUCCACACAGGCCACUCGAGGAAUUCCAGCUACGCCAGUCAGCAGAGCAAAGUCUCAGGCUACAGCACCGAGCAUUCCCGCUCGUCCAGCCUGACGGACCUGAGCCAGCACCGGCGGAACACCUCCACCAGCAGCAGCAACACUUCAGCGGGGGCCGUGGCGGCUGCAGAGAGCCCCCCAGAGCCGGAGAAAGAGCCAGUGAAGCAAGAAAAACCACCACGGCCACCCCGGCCCGCCAUACUCCCCAACCGACCAUCCAGGAGAAAGAAGGACUCUGUGGAGAACCACCCCACCUGGGUGGAUGACACUCGCAUCGAUGCUGAUGACAUUGUGGAGAAGAUCGUCCAGAGUCAGAACUUUGCUGACGUCAGCAACAAUGAGGAUAGCAAUUUGCGACUGUUUGUCAGUAGAGAUGGUACCACAGCUCUUGGAGGCAUCCAGCUGGGGAACAGGGUGUCUGCAGGCGUGUUUGAACCUGUUGUGAUUGAAAGUCAUUAGUGGCACUCAGCACCUCUUGUGUCCAGCUCUGGCUCUUCACCUGAAGAGAAUCCAGAGUAGGUCCAAACUGGCGAGGAUCACCGGACCAGAGCAGAAUUCCAGUGUCCCACUGACGAGUUGUUUGUCUACUUGCGUUUGUCUUUUCUUUCUUUUUUAUUUUUUAUCUUUUCUUCACUGAUUACUGAUGUUUUCUCACUCACUGCUAUAAUAAUAAUAAUAAUAAUAAUAAUAAUAAUAACACCUUAAAUUCUACAUCAAAUUUAUGGAAAUGGUGGUGGGUAGUUAACUAAUAAUAAUUAUUAUUAUUACACACUCAUCAUCGGAAAACAUUGUUGCAAAAAUAGUUGCACCCAGAAGGAAGCAUUACAUUGCAGUGCUAUUUGAAAGGAAGUUAAAAAUAAAACCAAGAACAUAUUAAUCAUAUUUAUUAUUGAGCUUCACAGACAGAAAUAGUGUGUCUCGUGUGUAACGCUGCAACAUGCCAGACUUCCAGAAUGAUUCUGCAGAGGCUUCUAAUGGUAUCCUGUAACAAUCCAUCUUAUGCAGCUUGAAUAUUUUCACACAGAUUCUGCAGAUUUUGGUAUGGGUUGGGCUAGGGUUGGUAUGAGAGUUGAAAGUAUGUCCAAUAGCAUCCCACACAUUUUCAGUCAGGAAUAGGCCUGGAGAUUCAGCUGGACAUGGUAUAGCAUCUGUAGGCUCAUGAGAUGGCAGCAGUUUGUGGACAUGCAUUGUCUUGUUGGAAUAGUGCACCAAAUUGUGCUGCAGGAUUACAGGACCUUACUAUUAUAACAUUGGGCUGUCAAAGUGUCUGUAAUGCAGACCAAGCCCUGCUGAAUACAACCUCUUACCAUAGUUCCUCCACACACUAAAGAUGUUCUGCUAUCACUUCAUAACAGUCUGGCAUGAUUACCCACCAAGUUUCAUUCCUGUCUUUUAAUGACUUCUGUAUGCAAUUAUUUUUAGAUGAUAAGUGUAUAUUGUAAAAUGCAUAAUCAAAAAGAUAUCUUAAUUAACACUUUAAUGACACCUUAUUGCAAGUAAAGGAACUUGAUGAAAUGCCUGAUGAAACAAGGCAUUGUGGGGAGUGUAGUCUAACACUGUGAAAGCUGUCAUUGGCUUAUAAACGUAUAUGUGUCCUAAUUGACAGCCUUUAGGAUUUUUUUUUUUUGUGGAAAUACUAUAAUUCGUAUACUGCUUAGCCUUUCAGAUAUGAUUUAAUGGUUUCAACCUGUGAUUUUCUGCUACUAGUUCUGUGUUUUUUUUUCUCUCUCUCUUUUUUUUUGUGUUUUAUCAACACACAGCCAAACUCUUUGAGUACGGGUUGUGUGUUCUGCCUGGGCUACAAACCACUAAAAACUGUUUUAUUAGUCUUAGCAUGAAUGUUCCUAAUGAUCCUGCUUCUACCACAGCCUUUUAUCAUUAUCCCUGCACUGGGAAUAAUGACCUUAUUAACCUGUAUGACAGAAAACGUAAAUAGAGUAAAUAGACUCAGUGCUGUGUGGCUGGCCAUGCAGAAUCAGCUGAUGUUCAGGUGGGAUUGGGAGCUUCUGGCCAUUCCUCCAUAGAUUAAGGCCUUCUGAUUUUUUUUGUUUUGUGUGUGAGUAUGUGUGUGUGAGUUUUUAGGUUCUCCAAUACGUAUUACCUUAUAUAUUCUCCAGCAGGUUUGGUGAAUAUAAUAGUCAAUAAUAUAAAAUCUACAUUUUUCACAGCCAUUUUCCUCCGCCAUGUCUGUCCAGCAAACAUUCUCAACCCUGUUUUAUGAGUGCUGCUGGUCGGCCUCAGAAAUGAAAGAUAUGAAGCAAAAAUGCUCCUGAAAUCCAAAAAAAAAACUUACCAGCAUACAAUCAAUGACAAUGUUAUGUUGCCAGAUUCUGUUGUACCACACACCAAGUUCAACAAGUUCACAGAGUGGUCCUAUUAGCUUUCUGCUGUCCUCCUGGCACCACCCAAAUGUUAGGGAGGCUCCAUUUUCAGUCAUUUUACCUACAGAAUGGUUUCUAUAGGUAAAAAGACAAGAACAAGCCUUUUCUCAAGGUGGGUUUCAGAUGGGCAUGGGCUCUAGGUGGGACUGUAGAUAAAACCCAACUGAGCUUCCCAAAUGAGCCCCAUCAUUACAGCUCAACUUAAUCUCACAGGGGUCCCAUCAAAAUCCCAUGUGCAGUGUACAACCAAGACUGGGCCUGUGUCUCCUGGUCUCAUCAAUGACCCUGCAUGACUUUAAUGACAAAAACCUAACUUUCUUGUACUCAUUUACUGUAGGCCCCAUAUACAUACAAAAUCUGUAUCUAUAUUUAGCAUUCAGAAUAAAUUAUUCAUGCUUUACAGGGCUUUUACUGAGUUCUCAGUACAGUGUAAGCAACAUUAGAAUAUGCAGUCUUUUAAACAGACAUUGUUGGUCCUAAUGCAGCCAAAACCUGGCCUGUUUUUCCAAUAAAAGGCCUUUACCCAUUUCCGAAUCUGUUGGAACAUUAAUGGAGCACAGCACCAUCAGAUUAGCCCAUCAUACAACCUUUAUCUAAACAUAUCAAACCACAAUUAUCAAAGUGUAGCUUUCUUAAGUCUGGACUUUGUGAACAUCAGCCAUAAUAUGUUGUUACAAAUUUUAACUAAACUCUUUAAAACCCCUUAAAAAAGAUUGAAAUUGGCCCAGGAAACCAAACUUUACCAACUCAGAUAAAAUCAUUUUUGUUUUUGGCUGCUGGUUUCAGCCACGAAUGCAAGAAAAGUUUUUGCCUGAUCUUAAAUCAUGCCUUAGGUGACACAGACAUGUGUUGCAGAGUUCUCAGUAUAUUAGAAGCAACAUAACUCUAUGCAGCUUUUCUAAAAAUACAGUUAAUCAUAAUGUACUGUAUCUGCAUUGUACUAACUUUUUAAUUAUAGAAUCUGUAGAAACAUUAAUGGAGAACAACAACUGUCUAAAAAAUCCUUAAUAAAUAUUCAAAUUGUCCUUGGAAAAUACAGCUCUGGAAAAAAAAUAGGAGGCCACUUACAAAAAAGAUGAUUUUCUUUGAUUUUCUGCUUGACUUUUUGCACCAGGAGUGGCAUAAAGCUAUCCAAAAGCAGUGUGUAAGACUGGUGGAGGAGAACAUGCCAAGAUGCAUGAAAAGUGUGUUUAAAAGCCAGGAUUAUUUCACCAAAUAUUGAUUUCUGUUCUCUUAAAUAUUUAUGAAUAUGAACUUGUUUUCUUUGCAUUAUUUAAGGUCUGAAAGCUCUGCAUCUUUUUUGUUAUUUCAGCCGUUUCUCAUUUUCUGCGAAUAAAUGUUCUAAAUUAUAAUAUGUUUAUUUGGAAUUUUGGUAGAAAUGUCUUUAGUUUUUUAGAAUAAAACAAAAAUGUUCAUUUUACUCAAACAUGAACCUACAAAUAGCAAAAUCAGAAAAAACUGAUUUAGAAACUGAAGUGCUCUCUUAAUUUUUUCCAGGGCUGUAGUUUUUUUGAGUAAAAAUGGCCAGUAUUGGCCUAAAAUAAGCUGAUUUCUCUCUCUGGCUGCUGGUUUCAGCCACGAAUGCAAGAAGUUUUGUUUAACCCUAAAUCAUUUCUGUAUUUCAGUAUAACAGAAGCAACAUUUUUUUAUACAGCGUUUUAAGAAGGUAGUGAAUCAUGAAUAAUGUAGCUGUAAUGUUGUCACCUUUUCAUAGAAAGGUUUAUAGACAUUUCCAAAUCUUUUAUAAUAUUUUUGAAUGUUAAUAGAUGACAAACAAAAUUAGAUAAACUUAUUUAAGGUUUAAACACAUUAAACCACAGGUACAUGUCCAAAGCCAAGUUUUUAGCAUCAGGACUGGCUUAAAUCAUUAGAUCAACUGCAGGGGCAAGCAUUGGCCCCGGAUAAGCUCUUUUUUGUCUCUGGCUGCUGGUUUCAGCCAGAAAUAAAAGAACAUGCUGUAUAACAGUGCAGUGCACUGAUUGUCUCAGUGUGUUCUGCUCUUUAUCAGGGUAAAAUUCAGUGUAGUUUAGUGAAAAGGAGCAAAUUCAGUCCUGCUGCAGGGAAAUGUGUUCAUCAUUAAAAACAAGAAACUCUGAGCCUGAGUGUGUGUGCUGUAUAAGGGAAUGCGUCAGUGUCUGGCGGAGGAUGUGGCUGAAAAAAAAAACACUGUGUUUGUAGAGCUGGGUCAGAGCAGAUGACUCACAAUCACGAGACUCAUCCUGGCGACAGCACCUGGUGUGCGUCCCGAAACAAAGAAGGCCCCUCGGUGUGUGUAUACGAGUGUGUAUGUGUGUAAAUGUGUGUGUGUGUACGGGAAAAGUGUCUGUAAUGUUGUAUUUUCUUUGUGUUUCCAGUUUGAAUGAGCUAGCCAUGAUCUCGGUCGUGGAGUAUAGACCUCCUCUCAGUUGAUCUGAGGGAACAGAGUAGCAGGCUAGAGAUUUUACACUAAGAGACGUUGUGCUCUUCGCACAUCUAGUUCUGUUAUGAUGACUUUACAUGUAAAAGUGCAAUGUGGGCUCGACGCAACAUUAAAGGAGGAUUUCACACUAAUUACUAUUAAGAACUGAAUGUUAACUAAUAGAUUUUACAUGGAAUACUCCUUUAAUGGCCUUUUUAUUGUAAUAUCAUGCAGUUGGAUUCACUCAGUGUUCUCUAGUUAAGUUAAGGCACUGCAGAACAACUGUGUGCAGGGGUAAUGGAACAGUGAAUUUCUCAGAUUCUCAGGUUCUUUGUUAUACUGUGGCCAUAUGAAUUAUUAGCACCC